CUCGGCCUGGCUCGGGGCCCCCGUGCCCUGACCCCUGGCAUGCUCUGUGGCUUGGCAGGCGAGUGCUCGGAGCUGGAGACCUGUGAGAAGUGCCUCGAAGGAGCUCCCUCCCGCAACAUCACGGACUGCGCGUGGCUGCACUGCGGAGAAGCCGAGGGGCCAGGGACUGGGAGCUGUGUGAAGAAAGGGGAGCCGGCCAAGGACAAGUGCUCCAUCUACAACGUCACCGCGAUGUGUCAAGCACCAAAAUCUCCCACCGAGAAGCCUCGGCGAGUCUCCACCAAGGAGCCAGCGAUACACACGCCAGGGACGACGACAGCCCCCCCACUGACGGGCACCCCUGCCUUCCACCCACCCGGCUUCGACACGGCCAGCUUCAUCGGGGGCAUCGUGCUGGUGCUGAGCGUCCAGGCUGUCAUCUUCUUCGUCAUCAAGUUCCUCAAGUCCAAGGACAGCACCUACCAGACGCUAGAGGAGAACCAGUAGGUGCUGCCGCCUGCGCCAGGAGACAGGCCGCCCCCACCUGUCCCGAGACCCCCGCCCCCUCUCUGUGUGCUCUUCCAGGGGGCCGGGGCCGUUUGCUGUUCUGCACUUGCUGUUCCCCUGCCCCGAGCUGGGGGGAGGCAGGGGCCCUGCUGCCCGCCCCGGGGUCCCAGGCUGGUUGUGCUGCUCUGCCCAGCCAGCCUGGUCGCCUCUGCCCUGCAAACACAGCGAGGAGCCGUGCUGUAGACGCAGGCUGUCCCCCCGUCCAAGCAUCCUCCGUUCGCCACCGCACGCCUGGGCACCAGGGGAGCCGUGCGGUUCUCCGGGGCUCUCUUGCCUUGGUGAGGGCGUCCCAGCGCCACUGAGGUGCAGGAGACACGCGGGGGGGGGGCGUUGUCUGUGGCUGCUGUGGGCUGCGUGACCCCCGCGUGUCGGCUCCCCGAGAGGUGCCGGCGUGACGCUGGCUGGGGCUCUGCACUGCGCGCCCCCACGCUGUGCCGGGGCAGGGGCUGCUCCAUGGCACUGCCGUGAUGGCUUAGCCAGUCCCUGGAUCCUGGUAACACCCAGAAGUCCCCCAGAGCCAGGCGCCUUGCAGACCUGGAGCCAGGCUUGGUCCAUCCCGGUUUCUGCCCCGCAGCCAGGGAGCUGAAGCCCCCAGAGAUUAAAAGCCAGCUGGUUCAAGUCAGCUUGGCUGGGGGGAGAGAUGGCAGUGCCAUAAUGAAAGCCUGGCCUGCCACGCGCCGGGGCCUGGAGCCUGGGACUGCACUGGCAGCUCCUGAGUGCCCCUUUGCCCCAGCUCCCCCCGGGUGGACGCCCUCCAGGCUCGUGAAACCUCCUUCCCCGGGCGGGUGCUAUCAAGGCGCCAGAGCUGCCUGGCCAGGACCUCCCACCCCACCGUUGAGCCCCGGGGAGAGCCCCACAGCGAGGUGCCCGCGCCGUGGAAGGAGAUCACUGCAACCCAGCAGCCUCCACACCCUGCCGCUGGCAUCGCCUCCAGCCUCGCAUCGGCCUCUUCCAGAGUAGCUUCGCCACUGGUGCCUGGAGCCCCGGGCGGCUGCAUCCUGGGUCCUGCCCCUCCCCUGCUGGGAUGGGGGGACUGGGGCACCCCCUCUUCCCCCCUCCUGCCCCCCCAGAGGCCAGGCCUGCCGUGUGCUCUUGCUGUGCCUGUGUGUUGCUGUGCGGUUUCUCAUGCCCUGGGGCGGCCGGGGGGGUGGUGCGUGCUGUGUGCAGUGGGGUCGAGCCGUGUAACCCCGGGUGAUGAAUUAAAGCCAUGAGGUUUGAUUUCUCCAGGGCUGCUCUCAUGGAUGUCUGCAAGGGGGCUCGGACACCUUGCAGCAGGGGAGCCCGUGGGCACGGUCGCACCUGCCCAGCCCCAGGCGGGUGCUGCUGCCUGGCUCCCCUGGGCUGAGUGCUGGGAUCUGUCCAGAUGUGCACAUCUGCACCUGGCUGCAUGCUGCUUAGCACCCCUGGCUUAGGCAGGGACGAGCUGGGGAGGUCCCAGGGGGCCAUUUCUAGCCCAGCUGCCUGGGAGGAGGGCACACAGCAAGGCAGCAAGCGGUGGGGGGGCUGCCUGUGCCCUGACUGCCCUGAGAACUGGCUCCAGAGGUGGCCAGAGUAGCUGCCGCUGUGGGCCUCACUCAGGGGAACCAGCCCUGGGCCUGAGUCCUGCCCUCCCCUCCUGCCCCAGCUGCUACAGCUCCCCCCACUUGGGACUUAGCGGAGCAAAGCCGCCCCAUGCCAGAAGCUUGCUCUGCUUUGGUAGCAGGGAGCCGUGCCCAGCAGAGGCAGGGUCUCCUUGUUCAGUGAGAGAUGGCCAAAGCCACUGGUGCUCCCAGCCAGUCUAGCUGCCCCCCGGCCCUCUCUCUUUGCUUCCCC